GAAUGAGCCACCGCGCCUAGCCUGGCCAGUACGGCACGAUACGUCCACGGAGGACCUCACGGGCGCGCCAUGGCGCCGGCCUGCUCUGAUCUGCCCGUGUUGUUUUGCGUCACGGCUCGCGUGCUGCUCCGCGGCUAUAUAGAGCUCAACCCACCGCCGGCGUCACGCCACCGCCUCACCUCGUCAUCUGCCGCGCUCCAAGGCUUUGCAAUCGUGGUGCUCGGUGUUGAACGAUGCGCGGCUGCAAGAUGGGUAUGAGGAUGCUGCCCGUGCUGCUGCUGCUGCUCGCGGCCGGCGCGGCGGCGUCGCACUCGUCGUCGUCGUCGUCGUGCCCGGCGACGCCGCCGGACUCGGGGGCCACGCUGCAGGUGUCGCACGCGUUCGGUCCGUGCUCGCCGCUGGGGCCCGAGGCCGCGUCCCCGUCGUGGGCGGGGUUCCUCGCGGACCAGGCGGCGCGCGACGCGUCGCGGCUGCUGUACCUCGACUCGCUCGCCGUCCGGGGCCGCGCGUACGCGCCCAUCGCGUCGGGGCGGCAGCUGCUGCAGACGCCCACUUACGUGGUGCGCGCCCGCCUCGGCACGCCGGCGCAGCAGCUCCUGCUCGCCGUGGACACCAGCAACGACGCCGCGUGGAUCCCCUGCGCCGGCUGCGCGGGCUGCCCCACCUCCACGCCCUUCAACCCGGCCGCCUCCACCUCGUACCGCCCGGUGCCCUGCGGGUCGCCGCUGUGCGCGCAGGCGCCCAACGCGGCGUGCCCGCUCAACAGCAAGGCCUGCGGCUUCAGCCUCACCUACGCGGACUCCUCGCUGGUGGCGGCGCUGUCCCAGGACUCCCUCGCCGUCGCCAACGACGUCGUCAAGGCCUACACCUUCGGCUGCCUGCAGCGGGCCACCGGCACGGCCGCGCCGCCGCAGGGGCUCCUCGGGCUCGGCCGCGGGCCGCUGUCCUUCCUGUCCCAGACCAAAGACAUGUACGAGGCCACCUUCUCGUACUGCCUCCCGAGCUUCAAGUCCCUCAACUUCUCCGGCACGCUGCGGCUCGGGCGCAAGGGCCAGCCGCAGCGCAUCAAGACGACGCCGCUGCUGGCGAACCCGCACCGGUCGUCGCUCUACUACGUGAACAUGACCGGCAUCCGCGUGGGCAGGAAGGUGGUGCCCAUCCCGGCGGCCGCGCUGGCUUUCGACCCGGCGACCGGCGCCGGCACCGUGCUGGACUCCGGCACGAUGUUCACCCGACUGGUGGCGCCGGCGUACGCGGCGGUGCGCGACGAGGUCCGGCGCCGCGUGGGCGCGCCCGUGUCGUCGCUGGGCGGGUUCGACACGUGCUUCAGCGACCCCGCGGUGAAGUGGCCGGCCGUGACGCUGCUGUUCGACGGGAUGCAGGUGACGCUGCCGGAGGAGAACGUGGUGAUCCACAGCACGUACGGGACCACCAGCUGCCUGGCGAUGGCGGCGGCGCCCGACGGCGUGAACACGGUGCUCAAUGUCAUCGCCAGCAUGCAGCAGCAGAACCACCGCGUCCUCUUCGACGUGCCCAACGGACGCGUCGGCUUCGCGCGUGAGCGCUGCACCGCCGCCUAGAUUCUUCUAUGGCUGGCCAGGCCUCCGCGCGGGUGCAUGCCUUGCCUGCUGCGCGAUUGAUCAUCAUCUUCGCCGUGUCAUCUUUGUUGGUUUCCAAUUCUUUUUUAGUCUAGUGAGCGUCUCCGUCAGGGUGUCUCGUUCCUCGGUUCAGAUUUCCCCGGGUUGAUUCCGUGAUAGCUAUAUGACUUAGUUGGGCUCCAGUGGGCUCUGAAGAACUCUGAAGUGCAUGUAGUGUGUGAUCUAUGCCGGGCCGCGUUCGUAUUUGUUAAUUAUGGGCCGGAGUAAUCCAGCUGAGCUAGGCCUUUCGUUGCCUCAUCAACCAUCAUCCAUCCGAGUAUUUGUACGUGAA